AUGCUUCACGGCCUUUCUUCCAGCUCCAAAAUCACCACCCAAUUAAUUUCCUCCUCUUCCCGUAAGUCCAUUGACUAUGCACUUUCGAUAUUUCGUAAUUUGAAGUACCCAAAUGCGUUUGUUUUUAACGCAUUGAUUAGAGGGUUAUGUGAGAGUUCUUGUUUUGUUAGCUCAAUUCAGCACUUUAGGCUUAUGAUGAAGCUGAAUGUUAGACCUGAUAGGCUUACAUUUCCUUUUGUACUUAAGUCUAUUACGGGGUUGAAUGUAAAAUGGGCGGGGGACUUGGUUUAUGGUGGGAUAUUGAGAAUGGGUCUUGAGUAUGAUGAUUUUGUGAGGGUUUCUUUGGUUGAUAUGUAUGUGAAAGUGGAGUUGUUGGGGCAUGCUUUGAAAGUUUUCUAUGGAAGUACUGAGAGAAAUAAGGUUGAGAGUGUCCUUUUAUGGAAUGUGAUAAUUAAUGGAUGUUGCAAAAAUGGGGAGUUGAAGAAGGCAUUAGAGUUGUUCGAGGUGAUGCCACAGAGAAAUAUUGGGUCUUGGAAUAGCAUGAUUAAUGGCUUGAUGAGAAAUGGAGAGGAAAGAAUUUGGGUCGGUAAGGAACUGCUUGAAGCAAAGCGCAUUGAAGAAGAAAAUGAAAGAAAACGGUUUGCCCUCAGCUGUAGAAAGAGUAAGAGAAAAGAGCCAGGGAAAAAAUUCGUCAAAAAUUGGAGGAAGGCUGAAAGACGACGGAUGCUUGGAUUGCCUCCAGUCGAUCCUGCUGCUGUAAAACCAUCUGCUCCGCCUCCUCCUGUGGAGGAAAAGAAAAAACAAGAGAUGAUUAUGAAUAACAGAUCAGUUCAUUCACCUUCACAUCUUCUUGGAUUUGGCGAGUUCAAUUUGAGAAUGUUGGCAGCUUAUUCAAGAGGUGGUUUGAAUAUAAAUUCGAGGCAGGCUCAGCCAGUUCAUCAUCCAUUGGAGCUACAGCAGCAGCAGAUUCGGGCUAAUGAUAGUGGAGAAGAUGACCAAAAUACUUCUCAAUGA